AUGAAGUUCACUGCGUCCCUCUUCGCGAUCCUAGCCGCCACAUCGGUCCUCGCCCAUGGGGUCUCGCCGGCGUCAGAAGGCGAUCUCAACGCCUUAACAAGCAGAGCCACCGAGUGGGGCAAGUGCAACGGAACCUCCUGCAAGGUUAAUGGCAAGAAUUAUGGAUGCACCAAGGGAAAGAGUGGCGGUGGCGAUGGAAAAGCGUGCUCCAAGUUGGGCGGUUCUAUCUGCUGUCCUGGCGGAAGGAUGAAGGGCAAGAAGUGCCCUUAA